AUUUCAAGAUUUGCUCACUCACAGUUUCCCCCUUGAAGGAGAAACACCCGUGAAGCGAGAAGACAAGAAAACAAAGCAAACCCAAACCUACUACGCAUAGCGUCAUGUUUUCCAUAAAAUAGAAAACAGAAAACCAAUGGUAUUCUUCUUUCUACCAGCAAUUUGUUACUCAGUGGGGGAAAAUGAGUGGAAGACCAAAGUCGAGAAAGGGUGCCAGGGUCAUUAGAGUGCAUUCUGAAGAGGCCAGAAGCACUUCCAGUAGUGACACUGUGCUCUCAGAGCACGGAAACCCUGACUCCAACAGGUUAACUGGAUCAUGGAAGAUUAUCAUAAGUAUGGCGUUUAUAUUGACUUUUCUUCUUAUAGGACUUAGAAAUCACAUGUGGCUUAAAGAAACAGAAUUUCCUCAGAAAUCCAGACCAUUUUAUUCUGUAAUUGCAGAAUAUGGUUCAAGGCUUUAUAACUACCAGGCCAGACGUCGUAUGCCAAAAGAACAAGUGGAACUUGUAAAGAAGGAAAGCCGGACUUUGGAGAACAACUUUCGUGAAAUUCUAUUUUUAAUUGAACAAAUAGAUGUUCUGAAGGCAUUACUGAGAGAUAUGCAGAAUGGUCUGCACAGUUACAGCUGGAACCCUGACGGAGACCCCACUGAGGUUCAGAACCACACAGAGGUCAUGGAUGAGGAAAUAUCAAAUUUGGUAAAUUAUGUACUUAAAAAGUUGAGAGAAGACCAAGUCCAGAUGGCUGAUUAUGCCCUUAAGUCAGCAGGAGCCUCCAUCAUUGAAGCUGGGACCUCGGAAAGUUACAAAAAUAGUAAAGCAAAACUGUACUGGCACGGGAUUGGGUUCUUAAAUUAUGAAAUGCCUCCAGAUAUUAUUCUUCAGCCAGAUGUCCACCCUGGAAAGUGCUGGGCCUUUCCAGGUUCCCAAGGUCAUGCCCUAAUCAAGCUUGCCAUGAAGAUCAUACCAACUGCUGUCACCAUGGAGCACAUCUCAGAGAAGGUGUCUCCCUCAGGAGACAUCUCCAGUGCACCCAAGGAAUUUUCUGUUUAUGGCAUGUCGAAACAAUGUGAAGGAGAAGAAAUUUUCCUAGGUCAGUUUGUAUAUAACAGAACAGGAGCCACCAUUCAAACAUUUGAGCUCCAGCAUAAAGUUCCUGAAUCUUUAUUAUGUGUGAAACUGAAAAUCCUCAGCAACUGGGGACACCUGAAGUAUACUUGUUUAUAUAGAUUCAGGGUCCAUGGCACCCCAGGAGAUGACACCUAGAGAACUGGUGCAGAAGGCCGUGACCACAGGUCCAGAAUAUUCAAGUAUUCCCAUCCCCUUAGAUUUCCCACACCCAUGGGAAUCGAAAACUGAGAGUGGGAGGGAAGGCUUACAAUGUUUCAUACUUACCAGUAAAAAGUGGAUGAAUUUUACUAAUAAAAAGUAGGAAAGUGAAUUCAA